AUGCUCGACGGCAUCCCAGAGAAGAGAGGUCAGUCCCCGAGGUUUAGAUGUGGAGGUUUAACCACUGAAACACUGGUGUUUAAAUGGAUGCUGCUGCUCCUGCUGCUGCUGCUGCUGCUGGCUGAUGAGGAAUCACCCUCGCGGUGCAUUGUGGGAGCUUUACGUAAAUCAAACAUGGCUGCAGCCUGUGCCAGAUCUUUCAGUAAGGUCGGUUGGAGCCUUUUAGAGUCUCCGCUGGUCCGCCGGCCCGGUACCGGCUUCUACCUGUCGGGGAACGCCGGUGCACGAGUGUCCGGUAGAGGAUACGGUACCGGCAGCGGGCUGGGGCUCCGCUCCAGGCUGCUGUCCUCUCUGCGGGCAGGAGGAGGCAGGGUGCUGGGCUGUGCUUUCCUGCUCGGAGGGGGUCUGGGUUUAUAUCAGACUGUCAAGUUUUCGGCCCAGCAGCACCUGGCCGAGGAGCACUGCAAGGUUCAAGGUGAUGGUCUGAAGUUGGUUCUCUACCAGUACAAGACCUGCCCGUUCUGCAGCAAAGUGCGAGCCGUCCUGGACUACUAUGGGCUGCCCUACGAGAUCGUGGAGGUGAACCCGGUGAUGAGGAAGGAGCUCAAGUGGUCCACCUACAGAAAAGUGCCCAUCCUGAUGGUGGAUAGCGACGUGCAAAUGAACGACUCCUCUGUCAUCAUCAGCUGCCUCAAGACGUACUUAAUCAACAAGAAGAAAAGCAUGCCUGAGCUCAUUCGCUGCUACCCGGAGAUGAAGUCGGUGAACGACAGAGGAAAGGAGGUGACGGAGUACAACAACAAGUACUGGCUGAUGCUGAGCGAGGAGGACAACGAGCUGGUUUAUCCCGAGAAGGGAAUGCAGAAAGAGGAGAGGAAGUGGCGUCAAUGGGCUGAUGAUUGGCUCGUGCAUCUCAUAUCUCCCAACGUUUACCGAACUUCCGGCGAGGCCCUGGCCUCCUUUGAUUACAUCGUACGGGAAGGGAAGUUCGGUAAUUUUGAAGGCUUCUUUGCCAAAUAUGUCGGUGCUGCAGCCAUGUUCAUCAUCUCCAAAAGGCUGAAAAGUCGACACAAUCUGCAGGACGAUGUCCGGCAGGAUCUCUACAAGGCCUGCAACGACUGGGUGGCAGCCAUUGGCAAAAAGAGGAAGUUCAUGGGUGGAGAUGAACCCAACCUGGCAGACCUGGCGGUGUUUGGUGUCCUCAGAGUUAUGGAGGGCCUGCAGGCGUUUGACGACAUGAUGGAGAACACCAAGGUCAAACACUGGUACCGACGCAUGGAGACAGCAACGCUCAACCACGAGGGCCGAAAAUGAGGCUGAGCUGAGUCGGACAGAUGAAGGAGAUCACAGAAAACUGAGCGCUUCCAACUCUCUGGGGGAAAAAAGACUGAAAAUGGUAAACCCCUAGGAAGAAAGUGACCGGCAUCAGGAAGCAAGAAGUCCUGCUUCCUUUGUGGAAAUGUCAAACUCUAACCAAUUAUCACUGCUGCCUCGAUUGAUUUCCUGCUUAGACACACAUGAAUCUGAUCCUAUCGAUUUAUAUGAAUGGGUUGUUGAACUGUAAUUACUGUCACCAGAUAUUUAAUUUCACCUCUACUGGUGAACUGUGGAGACUGAACAUCAGUAGAUCUUAUUGUAUCUUUUCCCUGAUUUUGGUGCAAUAAAUCAACACAGUGAAGUCACAAUAACACUGUAAUAAUGUGGUGUUUAUACAGAGUAUUAUAUACUAUUACUGCCCUUUUAACUGUAAGAGACACAAGUUUUCGAUGCACAUUUAUCAUUCGUUGGCCUUGAUUGGCAUGACAAAAAGGUGAGGGGAUGCUUAAAAGAAAUAUUUUGCAGUCCUCACCAUGAUGAGCAGCCUGCAUUUCAUGUAUUCUAUUUAUUGUUGAAAAAAAAAGCCACACAGUACAAAAUAUGUAAUAUUUGGGAUUUUUUUUCAGGGGCUCAAAAGCUUAUCUCUACUGUAAAAAAUGUAUUUGCUUCUGUAGAAUUUCCCCCUAUGUGUAAUCUGUACGUUUCUAUCUCCGCAGUCACUUCUAACAGUGGAAAAAAUUGAAAAGACGGUUUUUACUCAUUUGCGGUUUAAAGCAUCACCACUUAUAUUCAAAAUGAUUGAGAUAAUAGCCUUGUUGACACUCAGAUUACUCAGUGUUAAUGAUUUAACACGUAAAACGUUUUCCAAAGAAAAGUCUCAAGUUCUUCUAAUAGAAGAAGUGUUGGUUUGAAUUUCAGACAUUCAUUCAUCCUCUUCCUGUGCACUUUCACAUCACAGCAACUUUGUCUGGAAAACUGGUCAUUUAGACUUCAAAGUUCUGUUGUUUGGGUGUAAACACGGUACAGUUGCCAUGAGAUCACGUUAUCUAUUUAUUUAUUUCAGAUCAUUCUGUGUAGUUGACGCAAAAUCAGUCAGGCAGUGAGGAAGCUCAGCAGCUGGUGUUCUCACUUUUUCUUGGGGUAAAAUCAAAUGAAAUACAUGAGUAACUGGUGAGCUGCCAGUUCGAAUGUAUAUAACAUACAAACUGCACAUCAGUUUCUGAUUAAAUUGUAUUAAAACUAGUUGUAAAAAGGUUCAAUAAAGACACAAACCUGG